AUGAGCGGACAGUGGGAUUUCACAUUAGAAGUUGUGCUCAAGGCCGAGAAGACCAAGUUCAAGGAGGACUUUGCUGCGUCUCUUUUACCGCCACCUCUGGAUCCAAGCAAGCCAACGCUGGUUUUGGACAUGGACGACACCCUCGUCCACAGCCGACGGGGGAAGGCAACGCUCAAGCUCGUCAGCGGGAAAGUUGUGGCAGUGCAGCGCUACAUGGUGGCUAAGCGGCCCGGCGUGGACAAGUUCCUGCGGGACAUGGCAAAGCUCUACGAGAUAGUGGUGUUUACCGCGUCGAAGCAGUAUUAUGCGGACACGAUUCUGGACAAGCUCGACCCGGAGGGAUUGAUCACUCACCGCCUGUACCGGGAGUCGUGUGUGUCCUGCGAUGGGGAAACGAUGAUCAAGGACUUGUCGCGCUUGGGUCGCGACUUGAGGCGGGUGGUGAUUGUGGACGACAAGCCCCACUACUUUUCCCUGCAACCCAGGAAUGGAAUCCAGAUCCCGGCUUUCAAGAAUGUCAAAGGGAAGAAGUAUUUGCAACUCAAGCAUAUUGGGUUCUUCCUUGAGAAGGUCGCUGGAGCGAAGGAUUUGACACUGGAGCUUGAGAGGGCGAAAAUAAUGAAGAGAUCUAGGAAGGUUUAUGAGAUCUUUCAAGAACUCUUCUGUAUCAAGCCGUAA